AUGUCGUUGGAUGACUUCUGGGAUCCCCCAGUUUUCAAUAGAUUUAGGCAGUCAUUGGCAGCCCUGGACACUUGGGAGGAACAAAAUGUAUUUGUAGUCGGAGCACAACAUGCUGUGGAAGGAGUUGAGGUCAAUUUGGUAGUUAUGGAUAGAGGCAGACUUGUAAAGUCCUGGAAAGUGGAGGAUCUUCUAAGAUCUGAAGUGAAGAAAAUCGAACGUCUAUCGCUGAUGAAAGUGGAAGUGGUACGAGAUGAGAGCUGCGCAAAGGAGCCUUGUCCUUACUAUCAGAAAUGUCGGCAAACGCUCAAACACGUGGAUGCCGUUGAUGUUUAUCAAACUGACAAUUUCAUAGCAAGGACGGUGAAAACGCUGAAGACGUUUGUGUGCGAAUGUCCACCUGGAUUUUCAAAAUUCAAGCCCAUCCCCACAUCUAGGCCUUUGGCAUACACAUCAACACAACUAUGUCCACCUAAUUUCCUUGCAUCCUCUUCAUCUCGACAAGCAGCAGGACUGCGCGUAAACAGUUCAAAUGGAGGAGUUCAAUUAAUGUCGCAUGCAAUUCAAGUGCGCUGA